CUUCCACCUUCCAUUCCACACUCAUUCCCCUCCCAACUUCACCAUGUCUGUCAUUGAGAUCUCAUCGAAGGAGCAAUUCUCAUCGCUUCUUACCUCUUCCCGUCUUGUUGUCGCCGACUUCCACGCUGAUUGGUGUGGACCAUGCAAAGCUAUUGCGCCUGCGUAUAACGCGCUGGCGACCAAGCUCUCCCGCCCGAAUCACAUCACAUUCACCAAGAUCAAUGUCGACCACCAACAAGAGCUCGCCCAAGCCUACGGCGUCACAGCAAUGCCGACCUUCAUCGUCUUCAAGAACGGCCGCGUGAACCAAACAGUUAAGGGCGCCAACCCUGCACAGCUGAACCAGAUCGUCCAGAAGCUCGCAUCCGAGGCAAGCCAGUCAGACGACGCAGCAGGAGCCGGCGAAGGAAGCAGCUCCGGCGAGCUCUGGCUCGGCGGCACAGUGGCCAAGGGCUACAGCGAUAUCACAGAUCAGGUUGACGUGAAGGGAUUGGAGCUGCUGAACCGGGACACGGACACGGCAGAGCCGCGCGCUUUGUUUAACACCUCGAAGCCUUCGGGACUCACAGGAAAGGGCAAGGGCAAGGCUGCUGGCCAGGCGGAUUGGACCGAGAGCGACACCGACGAGCAGCUGAUGCUGUAUAUCCCAUUCAACUCGACACUGAAGGUUCACUCGCUUCAGAUUACUUCCCUCCCUCCUGCGGAUGCCGAUGCCGAUGAUGACGAGACACCCAUGCGGCCUAGGAACUUGCACAUCUACAAGAAUACUUCCCACGUGCUUGGAUUCGAUGAGGCGGAUGGUAUUCCCCCCGUGCAGAAAGUGGAGAUCCAGUCUGGAGAUUGGGAUGCGAAGACUGGGACUGCGACGGUCGCCCUGCGUUUUGUUAAUUUCCAGAAUGUGACAUCGCUGGUUGUGUUCUUCGUUGAUGGGGAUGGGGACAGCGAGAAGCUGCGCGUUGAUCGCAUUCGCGUUAUUGGCGAGGCGGGUGCAAACCGAUCUAUGGGCAAGCUGGAGAAGAUUGGUGACGAGCCUGGCGAGUAAACAACAUAGACUUUGAAGAAAACAAGCCUACGUAGGCUAUGGAGAUAAGAACUGUGAGGUGUCGCGAUUGAUUUUUCAAGACAGAGAGCUUGGACGGAGCAACAUUGUGUCAACUUUAUGUCAAUGAGAGUACAGUUCAACGUCUAA